AUGUUCGCCCGUCCUCUCAGCCACACACUUGGUGUCCUGCGUUACCAGAGACUGUUCACGACAGCGUCGCGGCAAGCGUUUCUAGAGCCUCUGCAAGAACAUGCAGGCGUGACAUGCCUGUCUCUGAACAGGCCAGAGACGAAGAACGCAAUCUCCCUGAAGCUACUUGAGGAACUGCACGGCUGUCUCGACCAUGUCGCGUAUGACAACAGCGUACGCGUGCUGAUCAUCCGCUCCACGACGCUCGGAUCCUUCUGCUCUGGCGCAGACCUCGCGGAGCGGAGGACUAUGACCCCGCUGCAAGUACACAAGUUCCUUGACGACCUGCGCAAUGCCCUGGGCAAGCUGGAGAACUUACCGGUUCCCACUAUCGCUGCCAUUGACGGGCCUGCACUCGGAGGCGGUUUGGAACUCAGCCUCGCCUGCGAUCUACGCGUCGCAGGACCAAGCGUGAAAGCCUUUGGCCUCACAGAAACCAGACUCGGCAUUAUCCCCGGAGCCGGGGGAACGCAGCGCAUAACUCGCUUGCUGGGCCUUUCCAAAGCGAAAGACUUGAUAUAUACUGCACGGCUUCUGAAUGCUCCACAAGCAUUGGAAUACGGACUCGUGGAUUAUGUUGCAGAAGAGGGUUUCACUGCUUUUGACCGUUCCCUCCAAUUAGCCAAGGAGAUAUCGGUCAACGCACCACUGGCGCUGCGCGCGGCUAAGCAAGCCAUCUCUCGAGCGCCAGAGUUAUCGUUGGAAUCUGGAUUGGACUUUGAACGAGCAACUUACGAACCAUUAUUGAAGACAAGAGACAGGGAUGAGGCACUCGCAGCUUUCAAAGAAAAGAGGAAGCCGGUCUUCAAAGGGGAAUAA